AUUAUUAUUAAUAACAUUUUUGUUACAUUUCAGAAUAAAAUGGCAGAAAAACUUUGUUAUAACAGAGGCUGUGGGAAAAGUUUCAUGCCCAGGGAUUCUGUGGACGAUGAAUGUACUUUUCAUCCGGGAGCACCAUUCUUCCAUGAUGCUUAUAAAGGCUGGUCCUGCUGCCAGAACAAGAGUACAGAUUUUACAACCUUCCUCAACACCCCUGGCUGUACUAAGGGCAGACACUCGAACGUGAAGCCAGUAGAACCUGAGAAUAUUACUGGAAACCUUACUAAAGAAGAAACACCGGAAGUAAUUGAGGUGCGAGCUCCUAUUCAAGAAUCCCUGCCUAGACCCCCUUACAAUACUCCAGUCAUCAGGUUGAAACCUGUAGUUGCCAAGUCCCUGGAGGACCAGAUGAAAACCCUGCAGCAGACUCUCAACACCAAUAAUGGUGAUACUUCUCAGGAAAUAAAGAUUGGAGAGAGCUGUAAGCAUAACGGUUGUAAGAACACCUACGAAGGCCCAGACAUUGAAUACAAUAAUUGCAAAUAUCAUCCUGGGUAUCCGGUCUUCCAUGAAGGAAUGAAGUACUGGAGCUGUUGCCAAAGGAAGACGACUGAAUUUCAGCAGUUUCUAGACCAGGAAGGAUGUGAUAUUGGGGAAUGUGUUUGGGCCAAGGAUGAAGGAGAAGAGGGAGAAGUGGUGUGUAGGUAUGACUGGCAUCAGACUGCCACCUGUGUAACAGUUGCAAUCUAUGGGAAGAAAUAUGACCCAACCAUCUCCUAUGUGGAGAUUAACCCUAUCAAACUUAAAGCCCAUCUUUACUUUCCCCAGGAGAAAGGAGCGUUUAACCUUGAAAUUGAGCUCCGAGGUAUAGUAGAAGUUGAAGGGAGCUCAUGUGCCAUGCUAGGAACUAAAGUUGAGAUAAAGUUGAAGAAAGCUGAGUCCUGUAGUUGGUCUAGGCUGGAUAUACCCAGACCGGUCAACCAGCCACAAAAGGAAGCAGACCAGAAAAACUUGCUACAGGCGGAGAACCAGGUUGAAGCCCUUGAUUUAGACGAUCUGGACUAUACUACUCAGAGAUACACAUUGAGUAAGGAAGCAAUGACUCCAAAAUACUCCUAACUUCUAACUUUGAUGUAAUCCAUUUGUUUUUUAUUCUUAUAAUACAAUAAACAAUUCUUAAAACAUU